AUGGCCAGCACAGCCAGUGUCAGUACGAGCACUGCAAGCUCAGAGCUGUCUUCACUGUCAAACAACAUCAAUAAUGCUGCUGACAUCUCUGUCAUUGUCAUCUAUUUUGUGGCGGUCAUGGCUGUUGGAGUGUGGGUAUGUGGGAGCACAGUGAGAUUUCUGGGUGGUGGUUCUCUUGGAUGGUUGCCUAUGGGCGCCUCUCUGUUUGCCAGCAACAUCGGCAGUGGCCACUUUGUGGGCCUGGCUGGGACGGGUGCGGCUUCAGGAAUCGCCGUCACGGCGUUUGAAUCACAUUCGUUUGCCUUGCUGCUGGUUCUGGGGUGGAUUUUUGUCCCCAUUUACAUCAAGGCUGGGGUGAUGACCAUGCCAGAAUAUCUCAAGAAGCGCUUUGGUGGGAAGAGACUCCAGAUCUACCUCUCCAUCCUUAGCCUCUUCAUCUGUGUGAUAUUGACAAUCUCAGCAGACAUAUUUUCUGGAGCCAUCUUCAUAAAGCUGGCUUUGGGACUGAACAUUUACCUGGCCAUUCUCAUCCUCUUGGCUAUCACAGCCAUCUUCACAAUCACCGGGGGCUUGGCAUCCGUGAUUUACACAGAUACCUUCCAAGCUGUCAUCAUGUUGGUUGGAUCCUUCAUCCUCAUGAUAUUUGCGUUUGUUGAAGUCGGAGGCUAUGAGAGCUUUACCGAGAAGUUCAUGAACGCCAUCCCGUCUGUAGUGGAGGGGGACAACCUGACCAUCAGCCCCAGGUGCUACACUCCUCAGCCCGACUCCUUCCACAUCUUCCGAGACCCUGUCACUGGAGACAUUCCAUGGCCAGGAACUGCAUUUGGAAUGCCUAUUACAGCAUUGUGGUACUGGUGCAUAAACCAGGUCAUCGUACAGCGUUGCUUAUGUGGCAAGAACAUGUCCCACGUGAAGGCUGCCUGCAUCCUGUGUGGCUACCUGAAGCUGCUGCCCUUAUUCUUCAUGGUGAUGCCGGGGAUGAUCAGCCGCAUUCUGUACACAGAUAUGGUGGCCUGCGUUGUACCUUCUGAGUGUGUGAAGCAUUGUGGUGUUGACGUCGGCUGCACUAACUAUGCCUACCCGAUGCUGGUGAUGAAGCUGAUGCCCAUGGGACUUCGAGGCCUGAUGCUGUCGGUCAUGCUGGCUUCUCUCAUGAGCUCCCUGACCUCCGUCUUCAACAGCGCCAGCACCCUCUUCACCAUAGACCUGUACACCAAGAUAAGGAAGAAGGCAUCGGAGAGAGAGCUCAUGAUAGCCGGAAGGCUGUUUGUAGCUGUGCUGAUUGCUACCAGCAUCUUGUGGGUCCCCAUAGUAGAAGUAUCUCAAGGUGGACAGCUGGUCCAUUAUACAGAAGCAAUUUCGAGCUACCUUGGGCCCCCCAUUGCAGCUGUCUUCAUGGUCGCCGUCUUCUGUAAAAGAGCCAAUGAACAAGGAGCCUUCUGGGGUCUGAUGGUUGGACUGGUGAUGGGCCUUAUCCGUAUGAUCGCAGAGUUUUCUUAUGGCACAGGGAGUUGCCUGGCUCCCAGCAGCUGUCCCAAGGUCAUCUGUGGAGUACACUAUCUGUACUUUGCCAUCAUCCUUUUUUUCGUGUCUAUAUUGGUUAUCCUGGGAGUUUCCUACUUAACAAAACCCAUUCCCGAUGUGCAUCUCUAUCGCCUGUGCUGGGCUCUUCGGAACAGUAAGGAGGACAGAAUCGAUUUAGAUGCAGAAGACAAGGAGGAGUAUGGAGCUGAUGAUAGAACUGAAGGAGGUAACGUCUCACUUCCCGAGAAACCUCGUGGAUGUCUCAAGAAGAGUUGUGAUCUAUGCUGUGGUUUGCAAAGAGCUGAAUCCAAGCUGACUAAAGAGGAGGAGGAAGCCCUCAAGCAGCAGCUGACAGACACAACCGAGAAGCCCUUCUGGCGGAUGGUCGUGAAUGUCAAUGUCAUUCUCCUCUUGGCUGUGGCGGUUUUUUUCUAUGGCUAUUUUGCCUGA